UACGUUUUAAUAUCAAUGUGCAACAUGCUUUAUGGACACUAUUUGACCAUAAAUAAACCCGCAAAAGGAAUCACCUAUUUGAUCAGAAUCUUCAAUGUUAUUGGAAAGUCGGUAUUGCCAUUGAUUGACCGAGCGUUUCUAAACCCUGAAAGUAAAGGGAAAAUGCUCAGGUUCGUCUUCUUUCCUCGUUUACUUGUGACUGUCCAGAGAGUGUCUCUCAUUAUCGCUUCAACCCUUAUAAAAUUGAGGAUAAUCGACUUGGAAACUACAGACCUUGAAAUCCUUUUGAUGAAGUUAGGCAGUUUUUUCCGAGACAUUAAUCGACUUCUCUCCAGCCUGUGCUACGCAAGUUGGAAGUUCACUAAGAUUUAUGAACAUUUGACCAGCAAGGUGAACUUGGACAGGAUCAAACAAAGAGUGAAUUGCACUGGGAAUUUUGGAUUUACCACCAACUGCAUCAGAAUUUUAGUGUCUUCUUUGACAAAAGCUAUCAACGAGUUUGAAAUUAACCAGACGUUCUAUUCUGCUUCAAUUCCUAGUGACUAUCCGUUCAUUUCAACUGAUGGAUAUGCAGCCUCCGACCGAUUUGAUCAAAAAGUAGAAGCGGGUGAUGAUGGAGACCUGUUGUGGCUCCUUAUGUUAUCUAUGAAAGAGCACAAGGAAGACUUCAGUCUUGACGACUUUUAUAAGGAUGUUAUCUCUACUUUAGGGUAAAAGAGUUGUACAAAUGCGACUAUAAUAUACGAAUCAAUAACGCG